AUGGACUACGACACCUCUGCCGCAGGCAGCGAUACUUUCGAUGCAAAUGCCACAUCUGCUGCAGGCAGCGACACCGAUAACCGACCCGAAAACGAGGAGAGCCCUGUCCAUUGCCCCCUUGGAGACGACUUCCUUGUUGGCGGAGGUGCACACACUAAGAAAUGGUCACACGACGAGGUAUUCCCAUACGUUUGUCCGCAAUGGAAGGAUGAUUUUCCUACCAUGUGCAGGUUCGAGUUUCAGUCAUACGUCCGCGAGGAUAGGCUGUUCGAUGAGCUGCAAACGGAACCCGACUUAAUUCCUUGCGACAUUCCCCUCAACCUUUUGACUCCAACCCUCUUCGUUCAGGAGAUGAAGGAGUUAUGCUCCCACCACUCUAUUACGGUUAUUGGGCGCGACACUAAGGCUAGCCUUGCCGCGAAACUGACCGACCAUGAUUGUUCUCCCGCUUGUAGUGUUUUCUUUUCCCUUAUGAAACCGAUUCACAUGGAAACGGAAAACGAAGCAAAUUCGAAAGCGUUGGCUAAGAUUUUCCCUCUUGGUGACCUGAAGGAGUUCAUUGCUGAUGAAAACGUGAAGGCUCUUCCCGCAAAAACGACGUGUACACUGGUGCGGCUGGAACCAUUAAGCGAUGUAGGGGUGCUACAUCCCAAUGAAUUCACGGUUUCACUCCCCCUCGAGAUACUUCUUGGUCGCCUUUCCAAGACGGGCAUAAAGGAGACCUCUCGGUACCACGGCUUGCUCGUUUCAACUCAGUGGACGCGCAAUACGGCCCUCGAACAGUUACGAGACCACCAAUGCGAUGCCGGAUGUUCUCCGUUCGCUUGUGUCUUCCAGUGUCAUCAUGUACCCACGAAGUCACACGUCGUUCGCGAGGAUGACAAUGUUUCGUUUGAAUGGCCAGUCUUCAACGAGCCCCACGUCGAGCCGUACCCUCCGACAGCCAUCAACAAGAAGGACAUAGCUCGAUGUGUUCGUGGCUACACCGACAACUUGCAGCCGCACUUCAUCGAGGAAGCGGCUUGUUGUGUGUGCGCACAGCUGACGCCACGCAGUGGUCUCACAACAUUUGACCAGGAUGCCUAUUCUCUUUCAUUACUCUCAGAUACGUCCAAGACUAGGAGGGAACGCAGGGAUGUCUCCGAUCCCAUCAUGCCACUUGCAGGACCUGUUUUGUUAAACCCGAUUUUGUCUUUGGCCAAUGGCCUUUGGCUUGGCGACAUACCAGGGGUCCUUAAAGACCUGACCCUCGGCGAAAAGGCACUCAUUUCGCGUGUUCGGCGAAAUCGAUCUCUUGUGCGUGUUUCCGCCGGUCACUACAAGAUGAUUGCCAAUGUCAUCGCUUUCCCCAACCCUACAGCGAAGGUUUUUCGUAGGCUACCCCCCCGAAAAGAGGAUAUCGAUGAUGUCAUUGCUGUCAUCUUCACAGGAGUGACUCCUCCUUCGGACGAAGAUUUGAAACGAACGCCUGUUCUUGUGCGUCGGGCUCGCGUUCUCGCAGCGUUGAGAUGGCUUCGUCUCAACCAUUACGAUUAUGCUGAUUUGAUUAUAGAUUACGAUGCACUCAACACAUACGACGAAAGUGGUGUACCGGUAAAGGUACUUUAUAACAAGACAUCAGAUGAUGAGGGUAAUACACCUGCCUCCGCCAAACCGUUUAAUGAUGAGGAAGAAGAACGUGUACGAUGA